GGCAACGGACGGGGGCUGCAGGUGCUGCCUGGUCGCGGGCACGGCCUAUCCCCUCCGCCCGCCGCGGGGGCUGCCCUGGCGGGGAACGGCGGGGUCCGACCGUUACUAGAGCCGGCAGUGGUGCGGGGAGCGCGGCGAGCGCCUUGAGGUGCCUGCCAUCCCCUCGGUUUCCCUGUCACCCCCCCCCCCACACACACACCCCAUUUAUCUGUGACUUUCCCCGGGGAGCGUGCGGUGGCAGGCUCCGGGCCGGCCCGUGCGCUCAGCCCGUGGCAACAGGCCCCACGAGCGGCGGCUCGCCUGGCUUCUGCUGCCCCCGGGUUCCACUGCCCACCGGCUCGGCCGGGCUUCGCGCGGCCUACAGUUAACAUGUGUGAUAAUGUCCCAGGUAAUUGGCAUAUUGGGGAGAAAUGCCUUGCUCCUUGUCAUGAAAAUGGGAAGCUUCAUGAAGGAACUAUAUGCUCUAUUGAAAAGGACAAGAAUGGAAAGUCAUUUGCUGUUGUAUCAUUCUUGGAAUCCGAAGAAAGGAAAAUACUAAUAAGUAAACUUUGUAAAGUAAAAGCCAGUAGUGAGCCCUGCAAAAGCCUAAUAUUUGAUGAUGGUGAUCUGGAAAAACCUUAUUUUCCUGACCGAAGUCUUCCAUCUCCUGCAGUUGCCUUUAAAUUAUCUGACAAAGGUGAUUUUAUCCCAUAUACAAUUAACAGAUACCUGCGUGAUUACCAAAGGGAAGGAGCCCAAUUUCUUUAUGGACACUAUGCUAAUAAAAGAGGAUGUAUUCUUGGAGAUGAUAUGGGCCUUGGAAAGACAAUACAGGUCAUUUCGUUUUUGGCUGCAGUGUUGAACAAAACAGGAACACGUGAGGAUAUUGAAAAUAAUAUGCCAGAGUUUUUACGGAGGACGAUGAAGAAAGAAUCGAAGUGUAAUCCAAAGAAGACUUUCCUUAUAGUGGCCCCUCUUUCAGUGCUUUACAACUGGAAGGAAGAGUUAGACACAUGGGGGUACUUUAAGGUUUGUGUCUUACAUGGCAGUAAAAAAGAUGGAGACUUGACUCGCAUCAAGCGAGGGAGAUAUGAAGUUGCCCUCACAACAUACGAGGUGCUUCGUCUGUAUUUGGAUGAAUUUAACAGUGUAGAAUGGUCUGCUGUGAUAGUUGAUGAAGCACAUAGAAUCAAGAAUCCAAAGGCUCAGAUAACUCAAACCAUGAAGUCAUUAAAGUGCACAGUUCGGAUAGGUCUUACUGGAACCAUUCUUCAAAACAAUAUGAAGGAACUUUGGUGUGUUAUGGACUGGGCUGUACCAGGACUUUUGGGUAGCAGAGUACAGUUUAAGAAGAAAUUUUCUGAUCCAGUGGAGCAUGGCCAGAGGCACACUGCAACUAAAAGAGAGCUAGCAACAGGUCGUAAAGCCAUGGUGAAACUAGCAAGAAAAAUGUCUGGCUGGUUUCUGAGACGGACCAAAGCUCUUAUCAGUGAUCAGUUGCCAAAAAAGGAAGACAGAAUGGUGUACUGUUCCCUGACUGAAUUCCAGAAAGCGGUGUACCAGGCUGUGCUAGACACAGAGGAUGUAAGCUUAGUACUACGAGCAGGAGAGAGCUGCAGCUGCAACAGUGGUCGUAAAAGGAAGAACUGUUGUUAUAAAGUAAAUGCUCAUGGUGAAACAAUUAAGUCACUACGCUUCAGUUAUCUGACAAUCCUACAGAAGAUUGCAAAUCAUGCUGCACUACUGCAAACAGACAACACUAGCAAGCAGCAGGAAGCACAUAUCAAACGGGUAUGCAGCCAGGUAUUUUCGAGUUUUCCAGAUUUUGUGCAGUUAAGCAAAGAUGCAGCCUUUGAAACCAUUUCAGAUCCAAAGUACAGUGGAAAAAUGAAGGUCCUUCAGCAGCUUUUAAAUCAUUUCCAAAAAAACAAGGAUAAAGUUCUUCUUUUUUCCUUUUCUACAAAGUUACUAGAUGUACUGGAACAAUAUUGUAUAGCAUCUGGGCUAGACUACCGAAGACUGGAUGGAAAUACAAAAUCAGAAGAUAGGAUCAGAAUUGUAAGAGAGUUCAACAGCAUUCAAGACAUUAACAUAUGUCUUGUGUCUACAAUGGCUGGUGGACUGGGUCUUAAUUUUGUUGGUGCCAAUGUUGUUAUACUGUUUGAUCCUACAUGGAACCCAGCAAAUGAUCUUCAAGCUAUUGACAGAGCUUAUAGAAUUGGCCAGUAUAGAGCUGUGAAAGUGUUUAGAUUGAUAUCCUUGGGAACUGUGGAGGAGAUGAUGUACUUGCGACAAGUUUAUAAACAGCAACUUCACUGUGCAGUGGUUGGAAGUGAAAAUGCCAAGCGGUAUUUCGAGGCAGUGCAAGGAUCCAAGGAACAUCAAGGAGAGCUUUUUGGGAUCCAUAACCUUUUCAAACUUAGGAUUCAUGGGUCCUGUCUUACCAAGGACAUCCUGGAGAGGGAAGGGCGAGUAGAAGCAGGAGUCAUGACAGCAACUACAUGGCUAAAGGAAGAGACUCCGCCAUGCAGCUCAGAAAAGUAUGAACAACCAGACUGUAAAGAAGAUGGAGAUCCCAGAAGCAUACAGUCAAAGAGAGAAGAAACAGAUUUUUGUGAUGACUUCAGUGAUGACGAUGUACUGAAAACUUCUUUGGGAAAAUGUGACAAAAGGAAGCCUUGCAAUGCAAAUAACUUAAUGGUAACAAAAGGGCAGCUUUCCUUAAUGCAGUGUGGAUUCUCCAAGUUGUUGCAGAGAGAAAUUGAAACUACCAAAGAAGAGUGUAGUAAUUUUAACUCACAUCAGUCAAGUUCUGAUGAUCAAACUAUAAGAACAAACAUAAAUAGCAAGCACAGUGAUUAUCAGAAGUGUCAAAGCCAUGUUCCUGUUUUGGAGCACAAGCAAGCUUUUCAGUCAUCAGAUAGUACUGUUAAACAAGAUGUGCCUAGUACAGACUGGCUUGUUCUAUCAGACUCUGAGGAGGAAGGCGACAGUGAAAAUGAGGAUCAAGACAUUUCAAAGCAAAGUAAUAUAGUCAGGGAAACUGAAAGCAGUUCUGAACACGAUGAUGAUGUCAUCUUUCCUACCCAAGUUCCAGCAUGCCAGCAACCAAUGAUUACUAAAAAAUUUGAAAUACAUAGGUUGACAUCUGAAAAUUGUAAAGAGAUAGCAAACGAAAGAGAUGGGUUUGUAUUUAAGGGAGACAGUAGGCAAUUUGGAUUUCAUAGUACUGAGUCAAAUUUCAACAAAGUUUUGUCUUCAGAAGACAUCAAGAACACCACAAGAGAUCUGAAAGGAGCGAGUGACAUAAGUGAUGAGUCUGAUGAUAUUGACGUUUCCCAUAGUUCUGAAUCAAAAAAGUUAAGAACUUCCAACUUUCCAAAAUGGAAAGACAAACAUACCCAUAACAAUGGUCUGGGGAACAUCUCCACAUCUCUACUACAAGCAAAGAAGCCUAAUAGAAAAGAAAAGGAAAACAGUUCUCAAAAUAUAGAUGAAUUUUCGUCCUCUGAAGAUAACUUGCCAAAUGACAAAAUUCAGGCUAGAAAGCAUAGCCAUAAAUAUAAAAAACAGAGAGGCCGAGUUCAGUUUGGGUCUAAAAUGCUUCAUCCUAGUCAAGAUACCUCCGUUGCAAAAAUGAAGUUGAGGAAUUACGCUGUGCAUAAAACUUCUACAAGUAAAUCUGAAUUUGCAGAUAAGGAGCAAAAAAUAGAAUCAAUGGACAGAUAUUUAGGUAAUCUUGAAGAAGUGGCAUAUAUUCAUUCAAAUCAGAAUGUGGUUGGAUCCAGCAAGGCUGAGAAUCACUUGAGUCGGUGGGCAGUGCGAGACGUGUUUGAGUUGAAGCAGUUUUCCCAGCUCCCUGCUAAUGUAGCAGUCUGUAGUGCCAAGAAAAAUGAAGAAAAGCCAGAAGAUGACACAGUACAGAAGGGAGAUCAAGUAAUGUUGGCAAACAGUAAUCAACAUCACGUCUUUAUUAUGCAUCCUGUAACUCAGAAAAACAAGGAAGUGCACAGAGUAGGUUCAACCACUUUCUUGAUUGGAAAGACACCCAAAGGAAUCCGCAGAAAACAAUUUGAGGAAAUGGUAUCCCACUUUAAUAUGAGAACUGUGGAAGAAUUUGCGGAACAUAUUGCAAAUGCUACAUCAGAAACAAGGCAGAAGAUGUUGAAGGAUUUCUAUAUUUCCAGGCAUCCAGAAAUGGAAUCUUUCUACCCAGUUGGACUACCAGCACAUUUUUCACAUGGCUGUGAGGAAAGAGAAUUGAGUACAACACACUCCAGAAAAAGAAAACCCUUUGUUAAAUUUGGAAGAUCUAAGUCUAGAUCUUCAUCAGCUAAAGGACAACUGCUGACCAGAACUACAGACACAUGGAGCCAGCAGAGCAGUAAAGGAGUAGAGCAGCUUCACAGUGACUCCUGCUUGCAAGAUGUGUGUGUUGAUGCAAAAUAUAAACAAUCACCCACUGUUGCUACUCAACAUAUCGAAAGGAGAAACAGUCAGGCAUUCAAGGGUUUUAUGGCAUCUGGCUCAUUAAGCAAUAACUCAGAAAUAAUUGAGGUGCUGCCUGUAAAAACUUGUGAAGGACAGCAGGACUCAGAAGGAAUACACAUGCCAAGAAAAAGAUCUCUGUCUCAGUCAGAAAAUGGAGAGAGAAAAGCUCAGGCUUGUAUGAAAAAGUCUUUUGUGGACUUACUUGGAGAUACCUCUAUUCUCAAUGACCUCUUCAGAAAUGAUGGGAAUGGGCCUACAGAAUCACCAAGGAGACGCUCUACUUCAAGACAAGUAGAAAAAGCAAAGGACAGACGGAAAGAUUUCUGGGACAUGCUGAAUGAGCAGAAUGAGGAGAGCCUCAGAAAGCUCACAGACAUAGCGGUCAUAGAAAAGCUAUGUGAAAGAACACCUCAUCCUCCAGUGACAGAAGAGAGAGAACUGUGUGAAAGUUCCCUUUGGAAAAAAAAUGAGAAUUUUCUGUGGAAAAAAUACAGUCUCAAUGAUUCAGAUGAGCCAUCCUCAGCUACAUCUUGUAAUGUAGUAAACCAAAAGUUUUCUGAAUGAAUUGCACUGUAUUGUAAUUGAACAUGAAAAUAUGCACAGCUUCAGCAGUAUGCAGCAAAGCAUGAUACCUCCAUAAAAUUAAAGUGAUGAAUUAAUAUUUAUAAUUAUAUAGAUCAAUAUUUUACAGAUGUGAAUGUAUAUGUAA